CCGCCUCCCUGUGGAGGCGGCUUGUUGUUGUGGAGGCCAAAAUGGCGGCUCAGGCGGCGGCAGCGGCUCAGGCUGCUGCGGCCCAGGCAGCGCAGGCCGAGGCGGCUGAGUCGUGGUACCUGGCACUCCUGGGCUUCGCUGAGCACUUUCGUACUUCCAGUCCGCCCAAGAUCCGCCUUUGUGUCCACUGCCUGCAGGCCGUGUUCCCCUUCAAGCCGCCGCAGCGCAUCGAGGCCCGCACGCACCUGCAACUCGGAUCGGUACUCUACCACCACACGAAGAACAGCGAGCAGGCGCGGAGCCAUCUAGAGAAGGCGUGGUUGAUAUCCCAGCAAAUUCCGCAGUUUGAAGAUGUUAAGUUUGAAGCAGCGAGUCUAUUGUCUGAACUGUAUUGUCAAGAGAAUUCUGUGGAUGCAGCAAAACCGCUCUUGCGGAAGGCAAUCCAGAUCUCACAGCAGACCCCAUACUGGCACUGCCGCCUGCUCUUCCAGCUCGCUCAACUGCACACGCUUGAAAAGGACCUGGUGUCAGCCUGUGACCUCCUGGGUGUGGGAGCCGAGUACGCCCGAGUGGUGGGGUCUGAGUACACACGGGCACUGUUCCUGCUCAGCAAGGGCAUGCUGCUGCUGAUGGAACGCAAGCUGCAGGAGGUGCAUCCGCUGCUGACGCUGUGUGGGCAGAUUGUGGAGAACUGGCAGGGGAACCCCAUCCAGAAGGAGUCGCUGCGUGUCUUCUUCCUGGUGCUCCAGGUCACCCACUACCUGGAUGCUGGCCAGGUAAAGAGUGUGAAGCCGUGCCUGAAGCAGCUGCAGCAGUGCAUCCAGACCAUCUCCACACUACACGAUGAUGAGAUCCUGCCCAGCAACCCUGCUGACCUCUUCCACUGGCUGCCUAAGGAGCACAUGUGCGUGCUCGUCUACCUGGUGACCGUGAUGCACUCCAUGCAGGCCGGCUACCUGGAGAAGGCGCAGAAGUACACAGACAAGGCCCUCAUGCAGCUGGAGAAGCUCAAGAUGCUGGACUGCAGCCCCAUCCUGUCCUCUUUCCAAGUGAUCCUGCUGGAGCACAUCAUCAUGUGUCGGCUUGUCACAGGCCACAAGGCCACCGCACUGCAGGAGAUCUCCCAGGUCUGCCAGCUGUGCCAGCAGUCACCCCGGCUCUUCUCCAACCAUGCUGCACAGCUGCACACACUGCUGGGCCUGUACUGUGUCUCUGUCAACUGCAUGGACAACGCGGAAGCCCAGUUCACUACAGCCCUGCGGCUCACCAACCAUCAGGAGCUGUGGGCCUUCAUCGUGACCAACUUGGCGAGUGUGUAUAUCCGGGAAGGAAAUAGGCACCAAGAGGUAUUGUACAGCCUGCUGGAGCGGAUAAACCCAGACCACAGCUUCCCUGUCAGCUCUCACUGCCUGCGCGCAGCCGCCUUCUACGUGCGCGGCCUCUUCUCCUUCUUCCAGGGCCGCUACAACGAGGCCAAGCGUUUCCUGCGUGAGACACUGAAGAUGUCCAAUGCAGAGGACCUGAAUCGGCUCACCGCCUGCUCACUCGUGCUCCUGGGUCACAUCUUUUAUGUGCUGGGCAACCACAGGGAGAGUAACAACAUGGUGGUGCCCGCCAUGCAGCUGGCCAGCAAAAUCCCUGAUAUGUCGGUGCAGCUCUGGUCGUCAGCCCUGCUGAGAGACCUGAACAAGGCCUGCGGCAAUGCCAUCGAUGCCCAUGAAGCCGCCCAGAUGCACCAGAACUUCUCGCAGCAGCUGCUCCAGGACCACAUUGAGGCCUGCAGCCUCCCUGAGCACAACCUCAUCACGUGGACAGAUGGCCCACCCCCUGUGCAGUUCCAGGCACAGAACGGGCCCAACACCAGCCUGGCCAGCCUGCUGUGAGCCAUGUCCCAAUGCCACCAGACGUGCUUCUGCUGUGUCGGGCGCAGGGCGUCCCGGCCUCAGCCCCAACAUCUCUGACUUCUCGUCCUGUACUUCAGAGGGCACUGCCCAGUUCUGCCUGGCGCCAGGCCCUGGUCCUGAGGCCUCAGGUGGGACUCAGGGCUGCAUCCAGAGCCACCCUCUAAAGGACCACAGCUCCUUGGCCAUAUCCACGGCACAGUCGUGCUUCUGGUGGACCUGGCCAGCCCCUGACCGCAGCCUCCAAAUUCCUUAGCUGGACUGGAGUUGCCACCCUGCCAUGGGGGCAUGGAUGUGUGUGUGUAUGCAUGGGGGUAUGUGAGUGGAGCUUUGGCACCUGUUGAGCCCGCAGUGUCCCCCGGAGGCCAGGUGCAGAGAGAGGGGGCCUUGCCCACUCUUGUGACUGUAAGCCUGGAGUGAGGGGCUGCCUGGGCAGCAGUCAGCAACCAGUGUUGUGCCUGGCCGCCUCCGGAGCGAGACAAUGCCACCUGCCGGGCCUCUGGGGAUAGUGGCUCAGGCUACCCUCUGAGCUGCGUCCCACAGCAGCACUUGGGCUGGGCUCCUCUUGGACUUGGGAAGUGCCAUGUACCCCAGGGCCUCUCCUGCCACAGCCAGGUCAGAGCCUCCCAGUGCAUAAGGAGCCUGGUCCUCCCCCCUUUGUCUGGGUGACCCCUGCUGCCCUAUCCCCUCUGGCCCUGUAUUCCCCACCGUCUUGUCGCCAUCAUGUCUGUCCAGCCUAUUUAUUGAAGCCUCUCUGCUUGCCGGGCACUCUGUAGAGCCGUGUGGAUGUGAGCUGAGGCUCAGCAGCACCCCCUGCCCCCCCGCCUGAAUUCACAUUUGCAGCUUACAGUUUAGUGCUCGAUAUUUAAUGUUCCCCUGUGCGUAGCAGCAGCCAAGCCAUGUCAGUGUGCGUGAGUGCGUGUGUGCAUGUGUGUGGUGUGUG